UCAACCCCUCUCUCAGAAUCGAUCGCCAUCAUCCAUUCUCUCUCUCUCUCUCUCUCUCUCUAAACAUCUGAAGAAAAACACACACUCACACACACUCAGUUUGACACACAAACGAGCACUCACACAGAGAGAGACGCAGACCAACUUUAUCAUUUUUCUUCUUGCUAUCAGAAAACAUAAUAAAGUUGAGGUGUAGCGGAGUGGACUUUUGAGUUGCUGCGACGUCGUUUUUUUUUGGGGGAAGGAGUUAGGGUUUUGGGUUGAGAGGGGUUGGGGUUUUAAGGAAAGGGGAAGACGCUACGAAUUUGGGGGGAUUGGUUAUGAAGCAGAAGAGUUUUGGGGGUAGAGUUGAUCGACGGUGAGGAUUCGCCGGAUGGAGGGAGGUAGCGUCUCUAGACUUACUACUUGUUCUGGGAUAUACCAAUGGACAAUGAAGACAAUGUUUAUCAAGGCCAGGGUUUUCAAUUAGUUGGUGAAGAAAACUCCAAAGUCUCUCCUGUUCUACGUCCAUAUGCUCUUCCCAAGUUUGACUUUGAUGAGGGGCAUCUAAGAUUUGACAGUUUGGUUGAGAACGAAGUUUUUCUUGGCAUUCCAAGUCAGGAAGAUAACCAGUGGAUUGAGGACUUUUCUCGUGGAAGUAGUGGAAUAGAGUUUAGUUCAAGUGCAGCUGAUUCAUGCCCCAUACCAAGGCAUAACAAUGUCUGGUCUGAGGCAACUUCAUCCGAAUCUGUUGAAAUGUUAUUGAAGUCAGUUGGGCAGGAAGAAAUGAUCCCAGGGGAAUCUACCAUUAAGAAAUCUGAUGCUGGUGAUGAAUUUCCUAGCAUACCCAAUCAAAUGGAUGAUAAAAUAGAUAAAAUUGAAGAUUCUAACUUGGAAUUACCCCCAGCUGAGGUUGUAGGAAAAUUUUCUGAAUUGAGUGAGAACCCGGGGGUGGAGGAUGCGUGUGGUAAAUCUACCUCUCCGGUGAAAGAGGUUCACUUUCUAGCUCAUGCAUCUUCAGGUGCUACUAGUGAAAAAAGUAGUAUAGGUGUGACAGACGAAAACUUAGGCAUUGACAUGAAGUCUUUAGAUGAGAAUCAAAGAGAAAUAUGCACUUCAGUCAAUGAAUCUUUAAAUGAAAAAAUGCAACAAGAUCCUUCUAUUUCUGAGGUUGAGGUUCAACAUGCAGAAUGCCUUGCAAAGGAUGUUCCUGUGAGUGUUGAGAAGUUGAGUAAUCAGAGUAUGGCAUGUGAUGUACAUCUUGAAAGUGCUACUGGUUCAACGGAUAAUAGAUCUGAGGACUGCAGCGUAAAAGAUAAUGUUUCUGUCAUGGAUGACCAAAAAUUCAGUGAGAUAUCUGCAGAAACAUGUGUUACUGGCCUCCGUUGUCCGCAUCAGGUUGAUUCAAAUGUGGAAGCUGUAGAGAAAUGUGCAGCUGAAGUGACUGCCAGUGACUUAGAGGAACCUUCCAGACUUCCGCCAGUAGGAAAUUCUGAUUUGCUGACGGAUGAAGGAUGCAAUGAGGAGGUAUGUUCUCUUCAACCCGCUCAGGCUGACAGCUUUUCAGAGGGCAUGGAGAUCAGACUACAAUUUGAGAGUAGAAGCAUGUUGGUUGAGAAGUCAUUAGUGACCUGUCAAAGUAGUGAUGGCAUUGUUGACGAGUGUCCUGUUGGUGCUAGGGACACAAAGACUAAUGUUAUUUCUUCUGAGAAAGUAUGUGAUGUGCAGAUUUCUCAUGAAAAUAGCAAUUUGGUCAAUAAAAAUGAUGAUCAUAUUGGAAGCACUAGCCAUACGGGUAUAGGGUCCUCUGUCAUUGAAAUGGAGACACCUAUGGUAUCUGAAAUGCAAUUUGAAUCUUCCAAACACAGUGAACAGGUCGUUAAACAUGCAGAUGAUGUCACUGUUUUGGAACAGACAUGUACUACUGUUGGAGAAGAUUGUGGUGUCAUAAGUGUGGAUACUAAGCAUGGAAAUGACGCUGCUGGCGUCCACAAUGAGGAUUCUAGUGAUGCAGCAUAUGUGGUGCCUCCAAGGCAAGCUGGUUCUGCGGAUAUUUCUGGAGAAGUUUUGUCCUCUAUGCAGGUUGACGUUCACGAUUAUGUACAAGUUGUGUCAAUCCAGGAAAAGGGUGGUGAAGAGAUGACUUCUGAUUCAGGUAAAAUGGACCAUGAUUCUGUUGAGUCAUUUGAUGAUGGGAAGGUGGUUGGAUCAUCACCUCUGGCUGAAACUGGGGAGAAUGUUGAGACAGCUUCUAGAACAGAAAUUGACGCUUCAGUCACUAAAGAAAAGGAUUCAAAAUGUGAGGUGGAAGGUGCAGACCAAAUAUCACCUGACACAGUUGUGGGUGUUCCCUUGCUUAGUGUUGCUGCUAGUACUAAAGUUGCUGAUCAGAUUAUGGAGCAGAAGAGUGAUCAAUUUGAAGGGAAAAGAGGGAUGCAAAUGGAAGCCCCAAUAGAUGCUGGUAGAUCAUUGUUGGGGGAGCCUGUGGAAGAGGCAACCCAGCAGCACCCUGAUGCUGUAGCCAAGGCUGUUAGAACUGAGGAUUUAGUUGCAGAAGCAGCGUCAGAUGAAGCUAAUGCCUCUGCCAGUCUGAUACUGGCUGAGACAUUUGCUGCAGCAUCUAAUGUCGAGCAAGUGGUUGCUGAAAGAGCUUCAGUGGAGCUGUUGGUUCAUUGUCAGCCAAAUGCAAAAGUGGGAGAAGGUGCUGACGUAGUAGAGAACCUAAACCCUGAUGAACCACAGAAAGAAAAAAAGCGCGUAGCAGCAUCUUCUGAAGUUCAAGGUGGAAGCAUUUCUCCAGCAAUUGAGAAACCUGAUGAUACUUCGGAUGGUAUUGGUGUCCCUGAACUUUCUGAAUGUGAGAUGAAUAAGCAAGCAGGUGUCACUGGGGGCAUGACUAAGAAUUUCCCUCCCUCUGACUGCAAAGAAAGAAAUGAUGGUGAUACUUCAUCAAGUGACAUAGCUUUACAAGUGAAUGUUGCCUCCAAAGAUGAGGGGAGCUUUGCCUUUGAUGUCAGUCCCUUGGAACGUCUUCCAGAGGGAGGAACUAGCAAGGGUUGGCAGUCAGAUCCGCAUAUUCAAGCUCACAAAAGAUCCACAGUCGUAGAUAAAUUCCCUUCGACAUCUGGGGGAAGCCAAGUAGAUCCUAUAGUAGUGCAGGAAAUUUCUCAUGGAAGUCAACAAACACCUGAUAAGGGGGCACCACCCCAGGUUGCCAAAGGCACCUCUGAGCGAAAAACGAGGCGCAGCUCUGCAAAAUCAGGGAAAGAAAAUGCUAGAAAGGGAAAUCCUUUGAAGGAAACAGCCCCACUGAAGCAUUCAGAGAGAGGGGACAGAUUAUCAGCACCCAUUGGCUCAACAGGAAGUUGUCAACUUAAGCAAUUAGAAGUGACAAGCGUGGAACGCAGUGGAGCAAAGCAAGGCGUGGUUCUUCCUGUUUCUGUAUCAAGUUUACCAGAUUUGAACACUUCAGCUCAAGUAUCUUUAUUCUUUCAGCAGCCUUUUACAGAUCUACAGCAAGUGCAAUUACGGGCGCAAAUUUUUGUUUAUGGGUCCUUGAUACAAGGAGUAGCACCUGAUGAAGCUUGUAUGGUUUCGGCAUUUGGGAUGUGUGAAGGAGGGAGGAGCUUUUGGGAGCCUGCUUGGCGGGCAUGUUUGGAAAGGCUGCAUGGUCCAAAAUUGCAUCCAGGCAGCUCUGAGACCCCUGUACAAUCACGUUCAGGUCCUAAAACUUCAGAGCAGGGAAAUAUACAGGGUUUGAGCCAAAACAAGGUUCUUUCAACACCUGCUGCUAGAGUGAGCAGCAAGAGUGGCCCUUCUCCUGUUGUUAAUCCAAUGAUACCUCUUUCUUCACCUCUAUGGAACAUACCUACGCCCUCUUGUGAUGCUCUGGCAACCAAUAACAUGGUUAGAGGUCCUGUUCUUGAUUAUCAGGCACUUUCUCCUUUGCAUGCUUAUCAGACACCGCCUAUGCGUAACUUUGGUGGAAAUACAACUUCUUGGGCAUCGCAGCCCCCUUUCCCUGGUUCAUGGGUUUCCUCUGCACAAAGUUCUGCUGUAGAUGUCAGUGCUCGGUUUCCUCCAAUACCCCUUACAGAAACAGUAAAAUUAACACCCAUCAAAGAGUCAUCUGUUUCAGUUUCUUCCACUACAAAACUUGCUUCGCCUGAUCCCACAGCUCAUGAUUUGAAAAAAGUCUCAGGUUCACAUGGCCCGCAUUCUACUGAUCCAAAAUCUAGAAAAAGAAAGAAGACUUCUGCUACUGAGGAUAUUGGCCAGAAAUCAGUGCCCGUGACUCAGACAGGAUCAGCUGUACCAGCAUUCAAUAAUGAUGCAUCAAGAAAAGUUCAUGCGGUGGAGGAUCUUGGGCAGGGUGUUUUGGUUCCUCGACAUCACACGGAGCUGGUACCUGCUCCUGCUGGUACUAAUAUCUCUACAUCCGUUGCUAAUACUACCCUGUCCAAUUUUGUGCUUAAGAGCAGUUCAGAUAAGCCUCUCACAACUGUGUCCUCUGUUUCCACCAUUGAUCACCCAAAAGGUGGGGAAUCACUUCCUGAAAAGAGGCCCUUGAAACCAGAGGACAUUGCAAAGGUGGAGGAGGCUAAACUGCAGGCAGAAGAGGCAUCUGCACAUGCUGCUAUAGCAGUUUCUCACUGCCAGAAUGUAUGGUGUCAAUUGGAGAAACACAAUAAUUGUGGCUUGACGGCUGAUGUUGAGGCUAAGCUAACAUCUGCAGCUGUUGCAAUAGCAGCAGCUGCUUCUAUUGCGAAGGCUGCAGCUGCUGCUGCUAAGAUUGCAUCAAAUGUUGCUCUCCAAGCCAAACUGAUGGCUGAUGAGGCAUUGAUCUCCAGUGGGACUCAACAUCCAACUCAAGUUAACUUACAAUCUGUUCCUGGUUUUGUAAACAAUGUGGGGAAUGCAACUCCUGCAUCAAUUCUGAAGGUUGGGGACGGAAAUAAUGGUUCUAGUUCAAUCAUCUUUGCUGCUAGGGAAGCUGCUAGGAAGAAGAUUGAGGCUGCUUCAGCCGCCUCAAGGCAUGCUGAAAAUUUGGAUGCCAUAGUAAAAGCUGCUGAAUUGGCAGCAGAAGCUGUAUCACAAGCAGGGAAAGUUGUUGCAAUGGGUGAUCCUUUGCCUAUUAGUAAAUUGGUUGAGGCUGGUCCAGAAAAUUAUUGGAAAGGUGCAAAAUUACCUUCUGGGCAGGGUGCCAAGUCAAACAUGGUUGGAAAUAAGUCGAGCAUCAACAGUGUUGAGGAAGUGGGUGAUGUUGUUCUGGACCACUCAGUGAAGGAGGUACAUACUAGAAACAAUGGUGUUUCACCUUUCCCUAAAGAGACAUCCAAGGAGAACCACAAUAAGGGAGGUGAGGGCAUUUCUGCUACUGACACUCGAGUUGAAAAGGAUUUUAGAGGGCAAAAGAGUCGUAGAGCAUCAGAUUCAAGGAAGGCUACAGAUGAUGUUCAUGAGGCGGUGAUCGGAUCAAGAUCUAUGGCAGAUGAAAAUAUGAUUGUUACCUUUAAUGACAAUGGCAUAAAAGAGAGUAGCCUUGUUGAGGUUUUCAAAGACAAUGGGGAUUUCACUGGAGCCUGGUUUUCUGCCAACGUAUUGAGUUUGAAGGAUGGAAAAGCCUUGGUUUGCUACACUGAUUUGGAAUCAGAUGAAGGGUCAGCAAAACUGAAGGAGUGGAUACCACUUGAAGCAGAAGGGAGUAAACAGCCAAGAAUACGGCUUGCCCAUCCUAUGACUAGCAUAACAUCUGAAGGGACAAGGAAGAGGCGGAGAGCAGCUGCAAGAGAUUAUACUUGGUCUGUUGAUGACAGAGUUGAUGCAUGGAUAGAAAAUUGCUGGCGUGAAGGAGUGAUUAUAGAAAAGAACAAAAAAGAUGAGACUACAUUGAGUGUUCACUUUCCAGCUCAAGGAAAAACGUCAGUUGUUAGAGCAUGGCAUCUCAGGCCAACCCUUGUAUGGAAAGAUGGGGAGUGGAUUGAGUGGGCAAAUUUCAAAGAGUCUUUGCAGGGUGAUACACCACAGGAGAAGCGAAUAAAGCUGGGAAGUCCUCCUGUUGAGGGCAAAGGGAAGAGCAAAAUAUCAAAGAAUGUGGAUUAUGCUGAAUCAGGGAAACCCGAGGAUUCAAGGUUGCUGCCUUUAUCUGCUAGUGAUAAAGUAUUCAACGUUGGUAGUACCAGGAAUGAAAACAAGCCCGAGACUCUUAGAACAGUGAGGUCUGGUUUACAGAAGGAAGGUUCUAAAGUUAUUUUUGGCGUUCCCAAGCCUGGGAAGAAAAGAAAAUUUAUGGAAGUUAGCAAGCACUAUGUUUCUGAUCGUAGCAUAAAGAGCAAUGCUUCAAAUGACUCAGAGAAAUUCACAAAGUACUUAAUGCCUCAAGGACCAGGACCUCGUGGAUGGAAGAGUAGUUCCAAAAUUGAUUCAAAGGAAAAGCAAACAGCUGAGUUUAAUAAACUUAGGGGUCUUAAGUCUGGAAAACCUCCAGGUUUGUCUGCUAGAACAUUACCUCAGAGAGAGAAUUCUGUGGUAUCUUUGGCUGCUUCAAAGGAUGCAAGCUUAACAGAUGAUCUGGCAAAGAAUUCAACCAGCAAUGAUGAGAAUGAUUCAGGUCAGCAGAAUCUUAUUGACUUUGUGUCCUCUUCAAAUGUUGAAGAGACAGCCGAAGAACCUAUAUCGUCCUCUUCGCAAGUUCCUCCCCCAGAGUUUCCAAGGAGAGCAGCCACUCUGGGUACCAAAUCUGAGCGGCUGAAGAAAGGAAAACCUCCGCCUGCUGGUGGGAAGUCAGCUAAGGUUGAGUUGAAGGACAAACCAAUUCCUGAAGCUGUUGAACCCCGUAGAUCAAAUCGCAGGAUUCAGCCAACAUCAAGGCUAUUAGAAGGAUUGCAGAGUUCACUCAUAGUCUCCAAGAUUCCAUCUGUUUCACAUGACAAAAGUCAGAGAAGCCAUAACAGGGCGGUAUCUAAGAGGGAAUAACAUCUAGUCGAGAAGCUCUUUGAAUGGAAUUGGGUCUGAAGGAUUUUAAAUAACCAGCAUAUGCAUUUAGCAAUCAAGAUACCCAGGAUUUAUUUUGUGAAUAUUUAUCAUAGAAGCAGAUCUGGGUUGGAGGGUUCACAGUACCUGGUGUUGCGAAGAUGUAAAAUUUAGCUAGAAUUGUUCAUAUUGAUUUAGCUUACAGAAUGUCUAGUUAACCAAUAACCAUGGUAGGCUUGUAUAUCAACUUAUGUAGUUUUCUUGGAAAUUUUUUGAAUGAUAAAUUAUACCAUUUUGCAGGCUGCAGCCCUUUCUGUUGA